CAUAUGCGAGGUGCAUUCCUUACAUUCUUUAGUGUAGGCAACAUAAUUUGUCGUGGGUGCACGGCUUGGUACUCUCAGUUAAAGAUCUGUACCCUCCCCGAGAGCGCAACGCUCUUUUAGGCUUGCCACCAUGUUUAGGAACCAGUAUGAUACGGACGUAACUACAUGGAGCCCUCAGGGCCGUCUAUUCCAAGUGGAGUAUGCAAUGGAGGCAGUCAAACAGGGCAGCUGUGCUGUGGGACUCACGAGCUCCACCCACGUGGUCCUCGCCACCCUCAAGCGGUCCCAGUCGGAGCUCUCCUCCUUCCAGCGCAAGGUCUUCAAGAUCGAUGACCACAUGGGUAUCGCAAUCGCGGGACUCACGGGCGACGGCCGCUCGCUGUGCAAGUACAUGCGCAAUGAGUGCAUCAACCACAGAUACGUGUACGAGAGCUCCAUGCCGGUGGGCCGGCUGGUACGGCAGAUUGCUGACAAGGCUCAGGUAUGCACUCAGCGCUCCUGGAAGCGGCCGUACGGCGUGGGUCUGCUGGUGGCGGGGGUGGACGCGGCGGGGGCGCACCUGUACAACACCUGCCCCAGCGGGAACUACUACGAGUACAAGGCGAUGGCCAUCGGGGCGCGGUCGCAGGCUGCCAAGACCUACCUGGAAAAGCACUUCGAGUCCUUCCCCUCCGCCUCCCUGGACGAGCUGGUGCGCCACGGCCUGCGCGCGCUGUCCGCCAGCCUCAGCGAGGGCGAGCUCACGUCCGCCAACUGCUCGGUGGCGGUGGUGGGCCGCCAACUGCCCUUCACACUGCUGGAGGAUGAGGGCGUGGCUCCCUACGUGGCGGCGUUAAAGGAGGA